GCUGUUUGUUUUCUGUAGCAACGAAACAAAAACGUCUAAAAGUCUCCGUUAACGGUUUCAGGAUGUCUGCGGCUGACGAACCCGUCAGAGACUUCACGCUGAACCUGAACCGACCUGCAGAACCGUUCGGGUACCAGAAUGCUCGAGCGUGUCAGGACAUCUCGCGGGCGUCCCGGGAGGAGCUGGAGGACCGGUUCCUGCGCCUCAACGAGGAGAAUCUGCUCCUCAAACAGCAGAUUCACAAACAGGACGACAAGAUCAAGAAGCUGGGCACGAAGCUGAUGAGGCUGGUGAAGGACCGCGGCCGGAUGGAGCAGCUGGCGGCGGGCGGCGCUCAGCCAGCGUCCAGGGUGCGAGACGUGGAGAUGGAGGAGAUGAUGGAGGAGCUCCAGGAGAAGGUCCGAGGCCUGCAGGCUGAGAACGAGAGACUGAAACAGCGCCUCCUGGUGUCCAAACAGCAGCUCCUUAACUCCCAGAGCAGGAGGCCGACUCCUUACGGCCAUGUCCAGCCACGAGUCCACUCUGGGACGAAGAGGCUGCGAGACGACGCGUCCUCGCCUUCUCAGACACGACCCAAAAGUACGAGGAGUCUGGAGGCAGCCGGCAGGCCUCCGACCGGACAGCUGCCUCGAUACGGACACAGUUUGCUGGAGGAAGCCAGAGCCGAGAUCCGAAACCUGGAGAACGUGGUGGAGUCGCAGCGCGGCCACAUGGAGGAGAUGGAUGCAGCGUCGGAGCAGCUGCGUGAGGAACUGAGGAAGAAGGAGGAAGAGUAUGAAGAAAGACUCCUACUGGUCCGACAGCAGCAGACCUCCAAAGUCAGGUCUCAUGUGAACAGCAACGUGCUGAUGAUCAAACUGCAAAAGCAGCUGGCGGACCGGUCCAACACCGUCACCGAGCUGGAGGGCCGAUUCCUCCAAAUACAAGAGAGUCAGAGGACGAUGAAGUUCAGCCAUGAUGCAGCCAUGGUGAAGGUGGACGAGCUGUCGGCUCAACUGAAAGAAGAACGGCUGAAGAGUUUAGAUCUGGAGAAGCAGCUGCAGAGCUCCGUCAUAUCCAAGAAGAGCAUGGAGCAGCUGCAGGAUAGACUCAGUGAGCUGCAGCAGGAGAGAGACCUGCUGAAGGACAACAAUGACAAACUGGUGAACAGCGCGUUGGACAUCUCUCAGCAGCAGAAGUGGUACAUUCAGGAGCAGCAGCUGCGUCUGCAGGUUUCUCAGCUGGAGGCGGCGCUGAAGGCCGACCUCGUCGACAAAAACCAGAUCCUCGACAAAAUCAAGACUGAGAGGGACACAAAUGAGAAGCUGACAGAGGAGAAUCAGAAGCUUCGUCUUCAGUUUGUGGAACAGAAGCAGCGAUUGGAAGAGCUGACACACAGCAGGGAGAACGAAGUGGAUGAACUGACUGAAGCUCUGCUGCUGGUGAAGAAGCGUAGAUGUGAGCAGAGCGGUGAGCUGGGCUUCCUGAAGCAGGACGGAGCGAGCGGCACCGACAGCUCCGUCACAGAGCUCAGAGCUGCUCACGCUGAAACCAUCCAAGAGCUGGAAAAGACCCGAAACCUCCUGAGCAUGGAGAGCAAGAUCUGCAAAGACUACAAGGCGGAGCUGCAGGCGGUGCUGCAGAGGAUGCAGAGCGAGCGGCUGCAGUCUGAACACAAGCUGCAGCAUCAGGCUGAGCUGCUGGACUCCAGAACCGCCAGGAUCAGGAAGCUGGAAGCUCAGCUCAGAGACAUCGCCUACGGCACUAAAGCUUACAGCACUAAAGCCUACGGUACCGAAGCCUACGGCACAGAAGCCUACGGCACAGAAGCCUACGGCACCGAAGCCUACGGCACCGAAGCAGACGUCAGCGAGGAGGAGGAGGAGUUAGAGCGAGGAGAGAACCUGGUGGAGCUGCAGAUAGUCAGUGCUGCUCUGUCUGAGUCGGCCCUGGAGGUUCUGGGUGAUGGGGAACCCUCCACCUUCUGCACCUACUCCUUCUACCGGUCUGACCUGCACUCCACUCCGGUGGCCGCGGGCCAGAGGCCUCAGUACGGCUUCACAUCCAAGUACGUGGUGAGCAUGGACCAGGACUUCCUGGACUACCUGCACAGGUUCUCCGUCAGCGUGGAGAUGCAUCAGGCUCUGGGACUCGACUGGAGGACCGUGGCCACCGGGAAGCUGCGACUGCAGCAGCUGCUGGACCAGGACGGGAAGGUUCAUGGGACCAUAACGCUGGUCGGUUCCUGCGAGGAGGCGCGGUGCUUCGGCUCGGUGGAUUACUGGAUGAGAUUCAGGAUGCCGAUGACAGAAACUCUGCGUCUCUAUAAAGAGAAGCUGAAGGUACCAGAACAGCAGCCUCUCGGCAGCAGAUGGAACGAACUCAUUAUCAGUGUUCAGCGCUGCUCAGACCUGCAGUCCGGCUCCCAGCAGCCCAGCUCCUACGUGGUCUACAAGUUCUUUGACUUCCCCGACUAUCCUACCGCCACCGUCCACGCCUGCCACCACCCACAGUUCAACGACCUCAAGUCCUACUCGGUCCACAUGGACGAGGACCUGGACCGAUACCUGAAGUCUGAGGCCCUUCAGUUCUACGUGUUUGACUACGAAGAGGAGCAGAUGGACGUGUAUUUGGGCAAAGCUCGCGUUCCUCUGCUUCCUCUGAGCCGAGACGACAGCAUCAGCGGUGUGCUGCAGCUCACCGACCCUGCUGGACUUCCUGUCGGCCAUCUGGAAGUCACACUGAAGUGGAGGGAAGCUUAUCUCUGUCCUCCAGGCUCCAUCACAGCUGUAGAGGAGCCCAGACUGAUCCCAGAGGAGAAGCCUCCUCAUGCCUCCUCCUCCUCCUCCUCCUCCUCCUCCUCCUCCUCCCCCCUCCCUGAGGCACCGCUGCCAAAGCUCAGGCACAGGACCCAGCCGAAGGACGGACCAGCGGCUAAAAAGGUCACAUUUAUAGAAGCAGACGACCAGACUGAAGCUCGGAGCUCAGCAGCUGACAAGAGACUCACAACAUUAGCAGCUGCUGAAAAGAUAAGUGGAACAGCAGCUGAGGAAGAGGAGGAUGAAGAGUCUCACUUCUCUGAAGGACAGCUGGCAGCGAGCGCUCCGUCCUGCUCCGAUGAUUCUGAUGUUUCUGAGAUUAUUGAAGAUGUUGAAGCGGCCCCAGCAGCUGCAGAGGAUCAGAACCAGUCCGACAGCGAUGACUGCAUCGUUCAUGGGCCGGCCGUGGGGAGGAAGGCCUCGGACCGCGUGCGGGUGGAGGUGGUGUCUCUGAGCCUCAGACCCGACUCUCGGGUGUCUCUGGACCACAGCGUGGUGCGUCUGUUCGUGGAGUACUCCUUCCUGGAUCUGCCCACUGAGGAAACCCCCGUAUCCCUGCCCAAACCUCCACAGGGCAGAACCAUCAACUUCAACUACAGCAAAGUGGUUCCUGUGGACGCAGAGACACACGGAGCCAGACGGCAGCUGCUCAGAGGAAUCCUGCAGGGACGGAACCCGGCCAUGGAGAGGAUCAGGUUCACGGUGGUCAGUGAGCCUCCGGAGGAAGAGGAGCAGGACAGAGAGUGUGAAGAUGUGGGC